AUGGAGUCCCCCUUAGCCAUCCUCACGACCCUUCUUAGCAUUAUAGGCCUUACUAAUCAUUCUUCAUCCCCAUCUCCGUUCCCACCCGGAUCGUCUCCUUUAUUCCCUUCCGGACCAUUUCCGUCUCCAUCUCCAUCUCCAUCUCGGGGAGGAGAAAUAAAUACGACUGCGAUUAGUGACAAACUUAGAGUAGAUUUCUACAAUUUAAGUUGCCCAAAUGUAGAGCAAAUAAUUGGUGAUGUUGUUCGUAAAAAAUCACAAGAGAAUCCAGGAAUUGUUCCUGGUAUUAUCCGUCUUCACUUUCAUGAUUGUUAUAUCACGGGUUGUGAUGCUUCAAUCCUUCUAACCCCUCAAAGAUAUAACAGUUACGACGUAGAAAUGACAUUCCCAGCAAACGGCAAUUCCUUAAGGGGCCUGGACGCCUUAGAUACUGCGAAGACGGAGGUUGAGAAGCAGUGUCCCGGCGUAGUAUCCUGCGCAGAUCUUUUGGCAUAUGCAGCUCGAGAUAUGAUUGUUAUGUCAGGAAACCCGAAGUAUGAUGUUCCUGCAGGACGUCGUGACUCUUUUAAUACACCUGGUGGCAUUGCAAGUGCCCUUCCUAAGGGAAAUGAUACUGUUGCUUUUCAGCAACUAGCGUUUGCAGACCGAGGUCUUACCUUACAGGACAUGGUUGUGCUAGAGGGAUCACACUCGAUAGGCCAAACCCGAUGCCAGAACACGAUUGCAGAAGUUGGGUCGAUGGAUAAAAUGCCUGAUACAGCAAAGUUUGUUGACAAGCAGUUCCAGCAGAUGGAGAGGCAGAAGUACUGUCCUGAAUCUCAGGAAGUAUUGUUCGGGGAGUUACGAGUACCUUUGUUUCCCGACAAUCCUAAUAACUCCGAUUGGGGCAACGCCUUCUACAACCACAUUAUGAAAGGCAGGGGCUCGCUCCCUUUCGAUGUAUCAUUAGCUGUUGAACAGACCACAAAAGAUAUAAUCCAACGUUACGCCUCAGACAGUGCUCAAUGGCAGCAAAUGUUUAAUGAAGCCAUGGCCAAAUUGGGAAAGGUUAAUGUGCUUACUGGAGACCAAGGCGAAAUCAGGAGGAAUUGUAAAUGGAUUAACGCGGUUUCUACAGCAUAAUUACUAUCCUUUUGUAUCAAUCAUUUACUUAGUGUGUGAAAGGAUCACAAUAGUAAUGGAAUAAACAUAUUAAUACUCUAGAAGGGGGGGUUGAAUAGAGUAUGGGCGUUUUUCGCAAAACAGAAAAUGUCAAGGCCUUGAGAUCAGUUACAGGGCAGAAUAAACUGAUCUCUGUUUUACAAAUCAAGACUUUGAAAACUAUUUAAAGUAAAACAGUUAGUAAGCAGAAGGUUAUAAACGUUUGUUUUGGAUUUUGUUAAAACUGUUUAAAACAAAGAACGAAAGCAAGAAUAAGGCAAAAAUAAAAACAGAAAUAAACACAAGGAAUUGUUACGAAGUUUAGCACAAAGGCCUACAUCUCCGCCUAGGGUUGUCCAACCCGUAGGAUAUUAACCAACUUUUAUUUCUUCCCUUAGAGUUCUAAAGCAACCUAGAAGAUCUCACUAUCUUCUCUCCGUAGUACUUCCCACUACACCUUAGACACUCAAAUCCUAGA